AGCGCUUAUAGAAUAUUAAACGUCACGGCAAAAGAUAGACAUAUCAAAGUGCACCAGUUUAAAUUUUAAUAUUUUGGAAAGGAAAUCCUAAGUUAAAAACAAAUUUGAUUAACCCUCUCAUGACGUCAGUUAGAAAAAAAUGCGAAAAAGAAUUCCUGGAUACCAUUAUUUAAACCAGCCCGCAUUUCGGUUUUGUUAGUUGAGAUUCCAUUCGUUAUAGUAAAGUUUUGUGUUUUCGUGAUUUCUAAAUUUUUUUAAUCAAUAAAACAUCACUGCCACAAUGAUGUUCCUUGUGCUGUACAUGUUCCUCUCAAUAAAUAUUAUUUCAAGUACAGAUAUAAAGUUUGACAUGAACAGAGAAUAUUUUUACCACGGCAAGGAUUUAUUUUGUGCACGACUCCAGUGUACAGAAAACACAAGAGAAGACACUCAGAUAUCAGCUCUUGUCAACAUGUCAGUCUAUAGGAUCAGUGAACCAGAGGGGAAGAUUUUGGUGGCGUCUAUUGCAGAAUCAGAUUCAAAGCUUCAAGAUUAUAAAAGGACUGGAACAAGAGUAGAAGGAAUAAUAUCGAAAACAUUUUCUGAAUUGGAAAUCUUUUUUUCAAAUAACUCAGACUGCAAUGAUGACAUUUUCCUAUGUGAAAUACAUUAUGUGAAUACAACUGGAUCUAUUGACAGAAUUGGGAAACAGACGGAGAGUUUUCCAAGAAAAUCACGUGACACAUUCCUAAUGAUGAACUUAAAAGCUAAAACUUCUGACUAUGUUAAAUCUGUUGACACAAUGGCCGAUUUUCUCAAAUCGUUUGAAGACUCAGACAGACUGAAAGGUGCAGACAUGACAAUGUCAUUACAGAUGUCACAUUCAGGUGCCGAUAAAUUCAUCACAGACCGAAAUUUUGAUUCAUCAGAUAACAAUUAUAAACAGAUAAAUUCCUCUGUAUUUGAUGAUAAAAUGUUGAAUGAUAAGAUAAAGAAUUUAACUCUUGAUGUAAACAAAACUUUACAGAUGAUGGAAAAUAAACUCAGUUCAAAAAUAACGUUAAAUAAAAAUAGUUUAGCCGUUUUAAAUGAAUCAAUGCAAACAAUGUUGGACAACAAACAGAAACAAAUAGAGCAGCUCAGUAUCGGAUUAAAUGAGAUAGAAACAAAUAUAAAGAAAAGUGGUGGCGAUAAGUUCAGCACAGACAAAAGUUUUCGUCCAACACAUACAGAGUUAAUUAACAUUUUUGAGCAGAUAAGUUUUGUUAUAUUUGAUGAUCUGUUGAAAGAAUAUAUGAAGAAUUUAACUCUUGAUGUAAACAAAGCAUUACAGAUAAUGGAAAACAAAGUUAAUUCAAAAUUACAAUUAAACAUAAAUAGUUUGGUUGUUUUACAAGACUCAAUUCAAAGAAAGCUAGCUAACUCACAUAACCAAACAGAACAACUCGGGAUCAGAUUAAAUGAGAUGGAAAACAAAUCUAAAAAAAUCAUCACACAAGAAAAUAUUAAUUCAACUUUCCAACUGGUAGCCGGUUUCAGCAAAACGCUACAAGGUUUUAUAGAAGAGUACUACGUUAACCCCAUGCACUUAAAAUUAACAAAACAGUGUGUCAGGAACGACAACUCAAGUCUCCAAGAACAAACGGCUUUUAAAGUAGCUAAAAGAAAACUUGCCUUGUGUGAUACCAAAACAGACGGUGGAGGAUGGAUUGUUAUACAGAGACGUGUGGCAGGAGACGUAAGUUUCACCAGAAACUGGAGCAGUUACAAAAAUGGUUUUGGAUUUUUGGCUGGAGAUUAUUGGCUUGGAAAUGACAUAAUCUCAAACCUCACACAAAACGGCUACAGUGAACUGAGGUUUGACAUGAAAUAUAAAGGUAAAUCCUACUACAUGGUGUACAGUAAUGUGACGCUGGGAAAUGAAGCAGAUUUGUAUCGGAUAAAGUUUACAUACAAGACAGGCAACACUACAGACAACUUUAGUAAACACAAUGGAAUGGCUUUUUCUACUUUAGAUAGAGACAAUGAUAAAUCGUCUAGUAACUGUGCUGACAGUUAUAAAAGCGGCUGGUGGUAUACAUCAUGUCAUUAUGUGAACGUAAACGGUGUAUGGGCGAGUAAAGCUCGUGGUGAAGGCAUUAUCUGGGACAGUAUAACAGACAACAUAGAUUCUCUGGAGCAAGUUGAGAUGAAACUACGACGACCGUGAUAUUAAAAAAACCCACAAAAAACAAAACGAUGUAU